AACCGGAUAUUGGUUUGUUCCCAUGCACGGCAAAUCGCUCAGGCGCCGUACAACCAAAAUGCUGGGAGUUUUGUGUCGGUCUUCUUGAAAACUAAAUCACAAAACAGCUACAACUUUCAAGGAAGACUGAUUUCAGCUCUGAUACCACGAGAUUUUCGUCUUUCCUCAUUUCUUUUUCUUGUCGUGGAAAAUCGAACAAACACAAGCUAGAAAACCGCUGUGUUUUUACGCUGGGUAAUGAGUUCAAGGAAUUGGAAGAGUGAAUCAGUGCAGAGUAGAAAGGCGGAUGCAUCAUGGUAUUACGACUUCAGCGAACCGAUUGAAAAAGACCGCACAAGGAGCACCAAUACACAGCUUGAAAUUUAUCUUACUGAGACGAACAUUAAAAAAGCCACUCUUGAAUUCGAAGAGGUGACACGUGAGCCAAUAUUGUCGAGACGGAAAGAUUACUGUUGUCUCUGCUGGUGUUUCUGUUGCUCGUGCGAUUGGUACUGCCCCGCUCGCCGUUUCAGAGUUGGAAGCAUGGAGACAGCGAAGGACAACAAAUACAAUCCCAAACCUUCCAGAGAAGAAGUUCAAGAAUGGGGAAUAAGCUUUGAAAAAUUACUCACAAGCAAAACUGGGGUAAAAAUUUUCCACGACUUUCUCAAGUCCCAGUACUCAGAGGAGAACUUAUUGUUUUGGCUCGCAGUGGAGAAACUUAAAAAGGAAACAGAUCAGGCGACUUUUAAAGAACUUGCGCAGUCGAUUUACCGGGAUUACCUUUCAGCGGAGUCUCCAAAAGAGGUCAGUAUCGACCACAAGACUCGCCAGCAUAUCGAAGAAGUCUUGGAGGAACCUGACCAAACGGUGUAUGACAAUGCGCAACGUCACGUCUAUUACGUCAUGUAUCAGGACUGUUACCCAAGAUUCAUUGUGUCCAACGUCUUUAAAGCGCUUCUCAUAAGUAAUGACUGAUCACUUGAUCUAAGACAUUAAGUUACUUUCUAGACUAGAUUCGACAGAAAAUGACAUGGAGUUAGAUUAAUAUAAAGCUAGAGAUACUUUCUCCACCGUUUUCUCUGUGGUUAUGUCUGCAAAAUUCCAAGAAAAUGAAGUAAAAUUUUUUAUGCAACUUUACAAUCGACGAGACCAUGGCCUUGUCGAUCAUGUACAUAGAAGAAUAAACAAUAGCUUCGCAAGAAUUGCUAAAUAAGUAAAUUGAAAGAUGCUUCUGGUGAGAGCAAGAUCCAAUGAUUUUUAAGGGAGUUAAACGUUUAUCGUGCUUGCACACCAUAUAGAUAUAGAUUUAAAUAUGCUUUUUAAGGGGAGCGUUUGAGAGGCGCAAACCCAGAACCGAUCGCACUACUAUCCUCUGCUUCUCAUAUUCCCUACGUGUUUCUCAUGUCUAUUUGCGUUAAUUGGCAUGUUUAUCUGCGAUUCCCGUAACUUUCUAUCGGUUUUUCUGUUUUAUUAAAUCUCACCUUUAAAGUGUGUUCCCUAAUUUAAUGAUAUUUUCAAGAGAGCUCCGAUUAAAGUACACGGAAAAAAUGUAAUUAUAAUUAAAAAAUAACAAUGUUUCUUAUUCUGAA